AUGUUUCGUCAGAUUGCAGUUGACAAGGAAGAUCAUCAUCUACAGUGCAUACUCUGGUUUGACGAGGAUGGCAUCUCAAUAGUAUUUGCACUCGCUACGGUUACUUAUGGAACCACAUCAGCUCCAUAUCUCACUGGAAGAGCACUUUUACAACUCGCUGAAGAUGAAGGAAAUAAAUUUCCGAAAGCUGUUGAACCGCUGACAAACACUCGCUACGUUGAUGACAUCUAUGGAGGCGCAGAUGAACUCGCUGAGGCAAUUGAAGUUGCUCUCGAUACAAAAAAUAUGUGUGCCGCAGGAUGCUUCCCGCUUGCAAAAUGGGCAAGUAAUUCAACAGAAUUACUGUCUCAAGUCGCUCCAGUCGAAACCCAAGAAGAUACACCACGAGAACUUGGGGAUACUACAGUAAAAGUGCUCGGGUUAACCUGGAAUUCUACUCAAGAUAAAUUCCAAUUCGGUUAUUCGCUACCAGAAGCAUCUCCAACUACUAAACGCACAAUUUUAUCUGAAAUUACUCGCUUGUUCGACCCGCUUGAGUUUUUGGCACCUAUCAUCGUAAGAGCCAAGAUGUUCAUGCAGAAGCUAUGGCUGCAGAACUUCGAUUGGGAUGCUACGCUAUCACCGUUGCUUCUUCAAGAGUGGAAUUUGUUUCGAGAUGAACUACAUCAGAUCUCGAAGAUUCAGAUACCUCGCUGGAAUCAUGUAAGAACUGGUGUAUCGAUUGAAUUACAUGGAUUCUCUGACGCUUCUCAACUCGCUAUGGCUGCUGUCGUCUACUUAAAGGUUACUGACGCUACUGGAAGCUCCAAUAUUUCGCUAGUGUGUGCCAAAACAGAAGUUGCACCACUGAAACCAAUUUCAAUACCAAGAAUGGAGCUCAACGCCGCUGUCUUACUCGCUCAACUGGUACUCUACAUCAAGAAUGUCUUGAAGCUUGAAAAUGUACCAAUUUUCAUGUGGACAGACUCCGCUGUAUCCUUAACGUGGAUACGAAACAACUCCGCUAGAUGGAAGGUCUACAUUCGCAACAGAGUUACCAAGAUUCAGGAAUCGCUACCAAGUGUCAACUGGGAUUUUGUUCCUGGGAAACUUAACCCAGCUGACUGCGCUUCAAGAGGCUUAACAGCAGCUAAACUGGAACAACAUUCGCUAUGGUGGACGGGACCUAAGUGGCUCAGUCAAUCAAAAGAAAACUGGCCAUCUUUUGACAUCUCUACUCAGACGGUAUCACAUCUUGAAGAACGUCCAGGUCUGGUUUUUACCAUCUACAAGGCAGAUUCACACCCGCUACAUACGCUAUUGGAUAAAUUCUCUAAGUUGUCACCACUUCUUCGCACGCUUGGAAUCUGCCUACGUGCCAUCGCUAAAUUUAAAAAAGUGCCACAGUCCACACUGGCCACACCACUCUCUACAGUUGACCUGGAACUCGCUAAGAGUUUGCUGAUCAAGUAUACGCAAAAUCAGUAUUAUUCGCAAGAGCUGAAACUACUGAAGGAUGGUGAUUCGCUACAUCGAAAUCAUCGUCUCGCUAAAUUGAUUCCCUACGUCGACUACAAUGGAGUACUCAGAGUCGGCGGUCGCUUGAAGAAUUCGCUACUGGAUGAUGAUCAAAAAAAUCCAGCUAUUUUACAACGAUCAUCACGCUUAAGUACGCUACUCAUAGAACAUUCGCACCAAAAAACAUUCCAUGGGGGAACUCAAUUGACUCUCGCUGAUCUACGGAGAUCUGUCUGGAUAGAAGGUGGGCGUGUUCCAGUCAGGUCUCACAUUCUUCGCUGCGUCGUGUGCACGAGACAUAGAGGUGUUCGUGCACAACAACUAAUGGGACAAUUGCCAUCCGCUCGUGUAAGACCAUCGAAAGCAUUCUUACACACGGGAAUAGACUACGCUGGGCCAGUAACACUGAAGACAUUUCAAGGUCGAGGUGCGAAAACCUAUAAAGGUUGGAUCGCUGUUUUUGAAUGUCUCGCUACAUCCGCUAUACACAUUGAAAUUGUCACCGACUAUUCUACUGACGCUUUCGUCGCAGCAUUCAGAAGAUUUACUAGUAGGAGAGGCGCCUGCAGUACCCUAUACUCGGACUGUGGUACAAAUUUUGUAGGAGCAGACGCUACGCUAAAGAAAGAAUUCGCAGCAGGAUCGAGACAGCUACGGGAACUUCAGUAUUUACUCGCUACAGAUGGCACAGACUGGAAGUUCAACCCGCCAAGUGCUCCCCACUUUGGUGGCAAGUGGGAAGCAGCCGUCAAGUCAAUCAAGUUCCAUCUCAUUCGAACUAUUGGUGAAUCGCUAUUGACUUACGACCAACUCGCUACAGUGCUAACACAGAUUGAAGCUGUGCUCAAUUCAAGACCGAUCGCUCCUCUAUCCGAAGAUCCUGCAGACUUAACCGCUUUGACUCCUGGACACUUUCUCGUCGGUGAACCUCUACUCGCUGUGCCAGGACCUUCGCUACUGGAAAACAAUACCGCUACGUUGUCACGCUGGCAACAAUUACAACAAAUGUUCCAGACAUUUUGGACAAGAUGGUCGUCUGAGUACUUACAACGACAUCAAUCAAUAUCAAAGUGGCAUCAUCUAUCUAAUAUCAUCAAAGUGGGCUCAUUAGUCCUGCUGACUGAUGAGAGGUUCCCACCAUCAAAAUGGCCACUCGCUAGAGUACUCGCAUUACAUCCAGGACGAGAUGGGUUGACUCGAGUAGUCACCCUGAAGACCGCUACAACUGAACUUGUUCGACCAAUCGCUAAACUGUGCGUGCUGCCAGUUCACUCUCCAGAUGACAAUCCUGUCGACACCGUCGCCAGCGCUGGGGAGAAUGUUCAGUCAAGACCCAAUUCGCUACCACUUGAGAACGCCGAGCCUCACCAAUAG